AUGCGUGAGAUUGUUCACCUUCAGACCGGUCAAUGCGGUAACCAGAUUGGUGCCGCCUUCUGGCAGACCAUCUCCGGCGAGCAUGGUCUCGAUGGCUCUGGUGUCUACAACGGCACCUCUGACCUCCAGCUCGAGCGCAUGAACGUCUACUUCAACGAAGCCUCCAACAACAAGUUCGUGCCCCGUGCCGUCCUCGUUGAUCUCGAGCCCGGUACCAUGGACGCCGUCCGCGCUGGUCCCUUUGGUCAGCUCUUCCGCCCCGACAACUUCGUCUUUGGCCAGUCUGGUGCUGGUAACAACUGGGCAAAGGGUCACUACACCGAGGGUGCUGAGCUUGUCGACCAGGUCCUCGAUGUCGUCCGUCGCGAGGCCGAGGGCUGCGACUGCCUCCAGGGUUUCCAGAUCACCCACUCUCUCGGUGGUGGUACCGGUGCCGGUAUGGGAACGCUCCUCAUUUCCAAGAUCCGUGAGGAGUUCCCCGACCGCAUGAUGGCCACAUACUCCGUUGUGCCCUCGCCCAAGGUCUCCGACACCGUUGUCGAGCCCUACAACGCCACACUCUCCAUCCACCAGCUGGUUGAGAACUCCGACGAGACCUUCUGCAUUGACAACGAGGCUCUCUACGACAUCUGCAUGAGGACCCUCAAGCUGAACAACCCCUCCUACGGCGACCUGAACCACCUCGUCUCCGCCGUCAUGUCGGGUGUCACCACCUGUCUGCGUUUCCCUGGUCAGCUCAACUCUGACCUGAGGAAGCUGGCCGUCAACAUGGUUCCCUUCCCUCGUCUCCACUUCUUCAUGGUUGGUUUCGCUCCUCUCACCAGCCGUGGCGCCCACUCCUUCCGCGCCGUCACCGUUCCCGAGCUCACCCAGCAAAUGUUCGACCCCAAGAACAUGAUGGCUGCUUCCGACUUCCGCAACGGUCGCUACCUGACCUGCUCCGCCUACUUCCGCGGUAAGGUCUCGAUGAAGGAGGUUGAGGACCAGAUGCGCAACGUCCAGAACAAGAACUCUUCCUACUUCGUUGAGUGGAUCCCCAACAAUGUGCAGACCGCCCUCUGCUCCAUUCCUCCUCGCGGCCUCAAGAUGUCCUCCACCUUCGUCGGUAACUCGACCUCGAUCCAGGAGCUGUUCAAGCGUGUCGGUGACCAGUUCACUGCCAUGUUCAGGCGCAAGGCUUUCUUGCAUUGGUACACUGGUGAGGGUAUGGACGAGAUGGAGUUCACUGAGGCUGAGUCCAACAUGAACGACUUGGUCUCCGAGUACCAGCAAUACCAGGAGGCUUCCGUCUCCGAGGGUGAGGAGGAGUACGACGAGGAGGCUCCUCUUGAGGCUGAGGAGUAGAGUGGUCAAGACUAAAUAUUCCUGCUGGGCUUGGCUGUUUGAUCAUUGCGAAUGCAGGUCAACAACCAUGUUAUCAAUUCGAUUCGUACUGCGAGCAAUCGGGUCGUUCUUCUAUGGGAUGCAAUGGUGCGGGAAUGGUAGUCUUGAUUCCCGCGACAAAGCAUCGUCACGGGCAACGACACCAUUCUCCUUGAAACUUCUUGUUAGCGAAAAGAUGCUGUAAUCAAUUAUCAUAUGUGGAA